AACUCUGAUUUGCAUUUUAGCAUAGCACAGUGGGGUUGAUUGGUAAUGACCCCUAAAAUCAACCCUAGGGAUUAAUGGCUAUUUGACUGUUUUCAUAUAAAAAAUUGUGCCCGUUGGUGUAUUGGGGAAGUUCAAAAAAACUUCGGUGACUGUAAUGGGAUUCAACCAUUUCUAUUUUGGGUUAACUUAUUUUCGUUUCUGUGUUAACCGGUCGGCUGUUGAACUCAACAUUGGGAACAUCGGUCAAAGUCAUUUCAUCGGAAGUUCGGCCCAGAUAGAACUGGGAAACAGCGAUCACAAUUUGAUCCGACGGACGGUACAAUGUGACCCAUUUUGAUGAAAGAAACAUGCAGGCUUUUUAACUGUUGGGAGAUACCCACAACUCAGUACCCUGUGCGAACCAGGCUGGUAAUAGUGAUGUGUGGAACGGAACGAGUGGGAGGGUUUUGUUUUAUUUUAGUUGUGGGCCUGAAUUUCUAGGGAAACCAAGAUGCCCAAGUCGAAUAUUUCCCAGACCAUUACUUUUCUGAAGUACUGAUAAGGACAGGCAUGCAGGGCACAAGCCUAACUGUGGGUACCUCUACCAUUGCCCUGUCAAUAUGACAUAGCAGUAGUAACAGAAAGUUUGAGGGCAAUCAAAAUCAAUCCCUGUAUAUUUUCAUUUUCAUCAUUUGCUGACUUCAUCCUUAAGGCUGUGUGUACUAGUAGGGAAGCAGAAUACAGGUCAGCCAUACUGAGUGGUCAUUAUUCUUCCCACCUCCUUCCUAAUCAUUUUGUUGUGUUGACUAGAAUUGAUUUGCAUGUCCCCAAAUCAGAGGUGAAGCUAGACCUGGCUGGCUGCCUUUUUAGUUUGGGGAAAGUCAAGAUUGAGAUGAUGGAGGAGAUGAUGGACAUGUCCUAUGCAGACCUAAAUGACCUGACAAAUUGGCAUGGGGGUUUUCAGAAACUUUUGAGCUCUGCUAUGUGCUAUGAACCAGAGGCCCAUGAGCUUUUCCAAGAUACUGUAAGAAAGAUGAGGCUUGUUCAUGGGUUGGAACAGGAGAGCUGCAUAACUGGUGUUUCUGAGGAAGUGAAGAAUUUUUGUAGGGAGAGUAGUAAUCAUAAUGUUCAUUCUAACUCAGAGGAUGGUGUGAGUGACACUACUACACAUGAUGAGCAGAACAAUGCAGGAGCUGCAUCCAUGGCUGCUUCCCAUUCUUUGGAGGCCAUGUUUGCAGAGGGAGAGGCUGGGAAGAAAAGGAAGAGAAGAAGGCUCAAGGUUUUGAAGAAUAGUGAGGAAGUGGAGAGCCAAAGGAUGACCCAUAUUCAAGUGGAGAGGAAUAGAAGGAAGCAGAUGAAUGAGUACUUAAGCAUCUUAAGGUCUCUAAUUCCUGAUUCAUAUAUCCAAAGGGGAGAUCAAGCAUCUGUUAUAGGUGGGGCAAUAGACCUCGUAAAAGAGUUAGAACAGAUGUUGCAGACACUGCAACUGCAGAAGAUGAAGAGGGACAGUGAGGGCAGGAUUCCAGACAAUUGUUUAAUAAACCCACCAGAGUCUUCAGCCCGUUGGAGUUCAAAAUAUGUUUUGGACACUUGUAUCAGAGAACUCAGAGCAGAAAAUAAAUCAGCAGUAGCAGAUAUCGAGGUCACUUUGAUUGAAUCUCACGCCAGUAUAAAAAUUCUAUCAAAGAAGCGACCUGGCCAGCUUUUGAACAUCAUCACCGCUCUACAAAGCCUCAAUAUGACCACCUUGCAUCUCAAUAUCACAACAAUAGACCAGACCAUUAUGUUCUCUUUCAACAUCAAGAUUGAGGAAGAAUGUCGACUGAAUUCAGCUAACGAAAUUGCAGCAGCACUUCAGCAAAUUUUGAGAAUGGUGCAUUCUGAUGCCAUUCACUAAAUACCCAUUUACUUGCAGCUCUUCAUAUUGUAUGCAACCAGAUAUUGUAAUGUUAUGAAAUUUUAUUGGUUUCAGCAAUAUAAUUCAAUCUGAACAAAGCUUUGACAGAUUAGUGCCUGAUUCUAGCAUUGUCUGGUCUUCACAGUAAUACCCAGAAGUUUUCAAACCUUUACAUUGUAACAUAUCCACACAAGAAUUUUCUGCAUGAUUGUGACUGCUGAACCAGGAUUCUAUUUUUGUCUGUCUUAUUCACUGGUAAAGAUUAUCUAUGGUUGCUCCUA